AAAAAAACUAAAACCCCAGUUUAGUUCUUGUCCUUAGCACAAAACUAUAUGUGACUACUAUAUCACAUAAGAAAGGAAACCAGCAAGCAUAUUGCUGAAAUAAUACUGUUCACUUGCUUACAGGCAGUAAUGUUCAACAUUUAAGCCAAUCACCUCAAGUCUAUUUAUUGUGUCUGACAGCGCUAAUUAUCAAGUUCUGGAGUGGUGCAGUGGGCAGCAUUGUUGCCUCAGAGAUCAAGGUCCUCUGGUUCAAUCCCAAUCUGGUUUAAUGUCUGUGCAGACUUUCAUAUGUUGUCUGAGGGUUUCCUUCCACUGUCCAAAAACAUGCAUGUAGGCAGCCUUGCUAUGCUAACUUGCCCCUAGGUAUGAAUGAGUGUGUGAAUGUACAGUGCAAAAUUUUAGGCAACCUAUUUUUUUUUUAGUACAAACUUUGUUAUAGAUUUUUAUUUUAUGACUUCUACAUUAUUUAUUCAGUACAAAAACACUUUAGAUUUCCAAACAUUAGUUUUCCAGCACAAAAUUAAAUGUUACAGAAAGAUGUUUGUAUGUCAGUAAAGAAAGCAGCAUAUUAUAUACAUGCACUUUUCAGACAAAAAACAUAAUGAAGGCUGCUGGGUUUUGCUGCAAAAAUAAGAAGCGAGUGCCUUGCACCCAUGGUUGCUGGGAUAGGUUUCAGGUUAUUCAGGUUAUCUUAUUACCUCUUAUAGCACCGUUCCAACAGUCAUCUUGAACAGAUUCUGUGUUAAUGAUCUACCACUAAACUAUAAACACAUUUGUGAAAGCCCCUAUGAUUUAUCUAAGGUCAUUAAGUGCGUCUGAAGCAAAAACUAGUUGCGCAACUUGAAACCCUCCCCCUGUUUUUGACCGUGUGCAGCGUCACAAGAGGCUUAGUCACGAUUUCAUACAAUGACGAGGAACAGCUUUUGUGCCUGCUUAGUAAUUUUGUUGCUGGGCUUCUACGAAAAGGCUCACAGUGGCAAUGUACUGGUGAUUCCUGGUGAAUACAGUCACUGGCACCACAUGCGCACAAUUGUUGAGGAGCUCAUGGACCGGAACCACAGCGUGACUGUUCUCAUACGUGCUGCCUCACCUAAGAUGGAACACGCCCAAAAGGAGCGCUUCAAAUUCAUGUCUUUUGAAAUCAACAUGGAGCAACAGGAGGUAGACAACAUGUGGAAGAACUUUAUCGGUGCAGGGAUGCAUCAAAGUACUAUCAGCUUUCAAAAGUUGACCUUGGUUUGGAACCUGUUAUCUGGGAUGUCUAAUUAUUUUCAGGCUGUGUGCAAUGAACUGGCUGGUAACAGAGAACUUGUGACUUCACUGAAAGAGCUGCAUUUCGAUGUGCUACUGCAUGACCCCGUGAUGCCAUGUGCUGGCUUGAUGUCGAAAGCUCUUGAGCUGCCCAGUGUGAUGUCCCUCCGGGGCAGUUUUGCUAGUUCUUUUGAGCGGCUCUGUGGGCAGAUGCCUGCUCCACCAUCUUAUGUACCUGCAACAGCUUCUCAGGGGCAUCUCACUGAUCAAAUGGAUUUUACAGAGCGUUUAGAGAACAUGCUACUAUACAUAGGACACACGGCAAUGGUCACACUUCCCGAAAUGUUCAACAUUCAUAAACAAUUCAUUUCAGUACAUUUAACUGGCAAACCCGUAACACUAUGUGAUAUGAUUGGCAAAGCUGACAUCUGGUUAAUCCGAACUUAUUGGGACUUUGAUUAUCCACGGCCCCUCCUCCCGAACUUCAAAUUUGUGGGUGGCUUUCAUUGCAAGCCUGCAAAACCUCUACCAAAAGAGAUGGAGGACUUUGUCCAGAGCUCAGGAGAUGACGGUAUUGUAGUGUUUUCACUGGGCACCAUGGUAAAAAGCCUUACCAAAGAGAGAGCAAACACCAUCGCUUCAGCGCUCGGCCAGAUUUCCCAAAAGGUCGUUUGGGGAUACAAAGGCAAGAAGCCAGAAACUCUUGCUCCUAAUACAAGAAUCUAUGAGUGGAUUCCCCAGAAUGAUUUACUAGGACAUCCUAAAACCAAGGCCUUCAUCACCCAUGGUGGGAUCAAUGGAAUAUAUGAAGCUAUUUAUCAUGGAGUUCCCAUGGUGGGCCUGCCGCUGUUUGCUGAUCAGCCAGAUAAUGUCAAUCAUAUGAAAACCAAAGGGGCUGCUGUUAUGCUUGACUUUAACAAAAUGGAGACCAAGGACUUGAAGCAGGCUAUCAAUGAUGUCAUUAACAAUCCAUCCUACAAGGAGAGCAUGAUGAGGCUAUCCCGAAUCCACCAUGAUCAACCGAUGAAGCCACUAGACCAGGCCAUAUACUGGAUCGAGUAUGUCAUGCGCAAUAAGGGGGCCAAGCACCUGAGGGUUGAAGCUCAUAACCUCACUUGGUAUCAGUACCACUGCUUGGACGUGGCUGCCUUUUUAUUCUCCAUAAUUGCACUGGCUGUGUUCAUCUUGGUGAAAAUGUGCAGUUGGCUCUUCCGUAAAUGUUUCAGAAAGACCCCAGCAAAGAGCAAGAAAGAGUGAAGCAUGUGUAUAUGAAUGUAUUAAUAAUUACUGUAAUAUUUGCACUCUGUUAAUUGUACAUGUCCACUUUUAAAUGAUUCUAACAGUAUAGAGAACAAUGCAAUGAAACAGAGAUAUUUCCCUAUAUCAUGUAUAGUGUAGUUUAAUUUCUUUUUUUUAAAUAAAGAUUUCUUAGCUUAAUUUCUGACAUAAUAAAUUUAUCUGCUCUCUUUUUUAAUCAUUCAAACAAACAAAUGAUCAAAUUGCUAACUGUAUCCUUUCCAGGCUCUCCUUUCAUCAUGCCAGCUGCCCCCUCUUGGCAGCUUCUUCUCCUUCCUUGGCCUCUUUGCCCUUUAUUCCAACUUCGCCUCAUCCCAAUUAUACCCAGCUCUUCCCUUACACAUGUGAAACCUGCACCCCAAAACUCUUCAUCCCAACUCUCAUCCUCUUAAUUCCAAUCACUCCUCUAUUAAUCUCAACAGUCUUCUUCACACAUUACUGUAUACAGUGUAUGUAAAAGGUCUACACUCCCCUGUUAAAAUUGCUAAAGAUAAAUCAUGUCAAAUCACGCCAGACCAUUUUAUAAUGGAGUAUGUGGCUGUGCUCAGAAUUAACCACACACAUUCAAACUCACAUUAAAAAAUAAUUAUCAUACACCUGUCAUCAAUGAAGUGAUUCUGAUUAACUCCAAAUAAAGAUUAAAAAUUUCCUGA